AUGGUGUUCGAUGGGCCUGUUUCGUUCGGCUACUGCACGCUGCUGCACCUGGGCGUUGAUAUAACGGAUGGUGAGGAAGCAGGCUCCGGAUCCAAACAGCACCUCUCGUUUCCCCACGAAACUAUAGAUGAUGCAGAGCAUAUUAGGGAUAAUGAGAACAAUAGCCAGCACUGUCUUAUUAGCUGUGUUAUGCGCAUAUGUUCCCAACUAAUAAUCAUAAUAUGUUUCAAUGAACCCCCUGUGUUCACAUUGUGUCAGUGGUUAUGA